UUAGCAGUUUAUAUUUACAAAAGAUAAUUGUAUUUCCAUGUUGUGUGUACUGUGGGAGACCAGAUAUAGUGAAUGCAGGGUCCUGGGAGACCAGAUAUAGUGAAUGCAGGGUCCUGGGAGACCAGAUAUAGUGAAUGCAGGGUCCUGGGAGACCAGAUAUAGUGAAUGCAGGGUCCGGGGAGACCAGAUAUAGUGAAUGCAGGGUCCUGAGAGACCAGAUAUAGUGAAUGCAGGGUCCUGGGAGACCAGAUAUAGUGAAAUGCAGGGUCCAGGGAGACCAGAUAUAGUGAAUGCAGGGUCCGGGGAGACCAGAUAUAGUGAAUGCAGG